ACUUGUGCACUUGGGGAGGGGAUGGACAAUCAAGAGGGGAAAUGAGGUUGUAGUUUGGAGCUGUCAUGGAAAAUAUUAAGAUAUAAUAAUAGUACCCUUGGCUGAUGAGGAAAGAGCCAAUGCAGGUUAUUGUGGACAGGAUGUGUCUCCUGGCUAAAUGUCUAAAUGUCUGAUGCAGCAGGAGGUGGGAUUUUGGGAAGGCUAAGCGUGUUAACACAGCCAUGGCGUUAUUUCUAGUCGAGACGAGCUGCAGCCUUAUCAGCUGGCUUUUUCUGUACAUCCUGCUGUGUCUCGUGAACAGAAAGCGAAGUGCCGAGUGGAAUUGCAGACUCAUCACCCUACUCCACGGGGUCCUCAUAGUUGUGCUAACUGCUUACAUCGGGUUUAUUGAUGGGCCAUGGCCAUUCACACAUGCAGGCUCGGAAAACACGCCACUCCAGGUCCUAGCCCUACUCAUCAGUCUGGGAUACUUCCUUUUUGAUAUGGCCUGGUGUGUGUACCUCCGUACAGAGGGGCCAGUAAUGCUGACCCACCACACCCUUAGCAUCCUGGGGAUUGUGUGUGCUCUGGGAAUGGGCGAGUCAGGCGUCGAGGCGUGUGCUGUGCUCUUCGGGAGCGAAAUCACCAACCCGCUCCUGCAGGCCCGCUGGUUCCUCAAGCAGAUGGGGCGCUACAACAGCCUGAGCGGUGACCUUGUCGACCUCCUCUUCAUCACGCUCUUCGCUUGUGUGCGCAUCGGCGUCGGUGGACGCAUACUCUACAGUGAGCUGGUGUCUCCAAAACCCAAACUGGUCAUGAAGGUGGGCGGGGUGGCCAUUUACACCCUCUCCUGCAUCUUCAUGGUAGACAUCACGUGCUUUGCCUGCCGGAAAACCCGCACCAAGUACAGACGAUGGCAGGAACAGAAGACGCUUAAUGCUAAUGGACAUACGGGGUAGUGACCUGCUUAGCUACAAGAGAUUGGACAAUGAAGGGAACAUUUUUACUUUGUUGAUGAUUUAAAAUACCUUUUAAAUCUUAGUGCAACUUCUUUUCCUAUAGAAUCACAGGACCUGAGCAGUGAAGUGCUAAUAAAUCAUGUUUUCGGUAAAAACAAACAAAAAAAAAUCUUAAUUUGUAUUAGUCAUGAGCGGUUAGCUAUGUAUAGGUAUCACUUCUGUUUAGCAACCCACUCACGAUUUUCUCUCUCUCACACACACACACACACACACACACACACACACACACACACACACACACACACACACACACACACACACAAAACAGGAACCUGGUCAUUAUGAUGCACUAAACACACAUUUAUUCAAGCUAAUAAUCAUUUCAUUUGUCAACGUCUGGAUUUCUGUCAUAUAUGUGACACUACACUAAAGCAACCAGCAGGUGGCAGCAAUGUCCUCAAAUGUAAAAAGUCUCAGAAAAAUUCAAUUGAAAGGACAUAAUAAAGCAUAUGCGUUUAUAUUUUUCUGGUGAUU